ACCACGUUGCCCAACCGCGCGGAUUGAUUGACUAAACUAGAGGAAUCCGUCGUUUCGGUGUAACUGCAGUGUGUUGUGGGUGAUUUUAGUUUUACACCGCCAUAACAAUGCAAUUGUGGGUGUUGAUUAUAGGCUGUGUAUUGAAAUGAAUCCCGAAAAAAGCGUAACUGUUUGUAUGUUGUAUCAAUUUUCCGGUGAUUUCCUCCCACUUUAGGUGGGCCGGUUUGUUGUUUAUACGCAUUUAACGCAGCAGUCGGUGUUUGGCAAGAAGAAAUUUGGGCGCUUAUCAGUCUUGUCGAAAUCGUUUGACUGUGCACACCUUUUAGGGCUAGUCGUGUCGAGUGUAGCCUUAUAUCCAGUACAGUAAGACACGAGAAAUGAAGACACCACUGCUGCCGCGGGCUCCGUUGUUUUCAUUGAAAAACUUUUUCGGUGUUUUGUUGUGGCUGGCGCUCUGUCUAGUAUUUUUCUACGCCUACUUCGGUCUGUGGAAUGACUCGUGUCAAGUUCCGUUCAAACUGGUGCGUUACAACAAACUCAAUGAUGACUUUUUGGCUGUUCUGGAUGAACCGCCACCCGGAGAUAUGGGAAAUCCGGUGAUUAUUAACACAAACAGAAGCAAUGAUCUGCAGUUGCAAAUUCAACUCGGCUGGGACACUCAAGGACUCAACCAGUAUGCUUCCGAUCUGGUAUCAGUUUUCCGCAGAUUGCCAGACAUUCGCGAUCCUUGGUGUAAGGUUCCGAAUCGCUUCCAGGAAGAUCUACCACCGGCUUCGAUAGUGAUCGUAUUCUUCAACGAAGCCUGGUCAGUGCUAGUUCGAACAGUUCAAUCGAUUCUAAGUCGAACGCCCUCGGAACUAAUAGAGGAAAUCAUUCUGGUUGAUGAUUGCUCGACGAUGGCUCAUCUGAAGACCCAGCUCGAUGACUACUUUCGACCGUACAAGCUGGUGAGAAUUAUUCGCGCCAAAGAAAGACAAGGAUUGAUCCGGGCAAGGAUUUUGGGCGCCAAAAGCGCGCGAUCACAGAUUAUAACCUUCCUCGAUGCCCACUGUGAGGUGAUUGUUGGAUGGCUGGAAGCCCAGCUCGAUUUGGUGGUGAAAAAUCCCACCGCAAUAGCCGUUCCGUCGAUCGAUUGGAUUCACGAGGACACAAUGGCCCUCAACGCUCGAGAUUCACAGCAAUACUUCGGAUCGUUCGAUUGGACCCUCAACUUUCAGUGGAAGUCCCGAUCGGUCAAAAAGGUGCGGGCGGAAAACCCCGUAGCGCCGUUCGAUACUCCGGUGAUGGCCGGGGGUCUGUUUACGAUUAAUCGAACGUUCUUCGAGUGGCUAGGCUGGUACGAUGAAGGAUUCGAGGUUUACGGUGCCGAGAACUUGGAACUUUCCUUCAAGGCGUGGAUGUGCGGUGGUUCCAUGAAGAUCGUACCGUGUUCGCGAGUUGCUCACAUCCAAAAACGAGGUCAUCCUUAUAUGAAAUACUCAGGAUACGGAUCGGUUCAGAAAAAUACCAUCCGUCUAGCGGAAGUGUGGCUGGACGAAUACGCCGAUUACUACUACGAAUCGUUUGGAGGGCGAAGGUUUCUCGGUGAAUUCGGGGACGUGUCUUCAAGGAAACUGCUAAGGAAGAAUCUCAACUGUAAAUCGUUCCGGUGGUACUUGGACACGGUAUUUCCGGAGCAGUUCAAUCCCGAGCGGGCAAUCGGCCGAGGGGAGUUUAGAGUCGAAAUCAAUCCCGGAGAAAUUCGAUGUUUGGAGUGGCCACCCGAUUUGAAGAGGCAAGGUGUCGAUCGAUGCCGCGGGCGAGGGAACCAUCAGCUUUGGUUCUAUACCCCCGAAGGAGAAGUGACUCGGGAAGAUCACUGCCUCGAUUAUGACGGGAAGAAGCUGGAAAUGAUACGAUGCCAUGGAAUGAGAGGAAAUCAGGAAUUCCGGUAUAGCAAGCCAUUUCAACAGUUCAAACAUUCUCUAUCCGGUUUGUGUCUUGGAUGGGGUGAGACUCACUUGGUGAUGGAUAUUUGUGAUAGUGACAAUAAACGACAAAUUUGGGUUAUGGAACACUUCAAUGCCAGUAAUGUCAAAGUUGCGAUUCCUCGAUAAGUUUAUUUUAUUGAAUAAAAUA